AGAUAGUGUAUUUUCCAAAUAUUAAAAAUAAAAAAUAAAAACCGCCACAAUAAACUCUUAUUGUUUGAAUCAUAAAUAAAAACGCGUAUAAAAAAACAAAUCAAAGGCGAGAAGAAGAAGAAAACGAUGACAAAACAAGGGUUUCCAUUUUGAUUCCACACCGAGUUCCGAACAUGGCCGAAUCGGUCGAGCUUCCGAGUCGCUUGGCGAUCCUUCCUUUUAGAAACAAGGUCCUCUUACCUGGUGCUAUCAUCAGAAUCCGUUGCACUUCCCCUAGCAGUGUGAAGUUGGUGGAACAAGAACUUUGGCAGAAAGAAGAGAAGGGGUUGAUUGGAAUCCUGCCUGUACGCGAUGCUCUUGAAAUUAAGUCAGCGGGUCCCACAGCAUCUCAAGGUGCAGGAGCCAAUAUUAUAGAGCAAAGUUCAAAACUUCAGGACGGUUCAUCAGAUUCUCUCAAGCCUGAUACCAAAAAGCAGAAUGACGUUGUUCAUUGGCACAACAGGGGGGUUGCUGCCCGACCAUUACAUUUAUCAAGGGGAGUGGAGAAACCAAGUGGAAGGGUCACAUAUACCGUUGUUCUUGAAGGUUUGUGUAGAUUUAGUGUCCUGGAACUAAGCACAAGAGGAAUAUACCAGACUGCAAAGAUAUCUUCCCUUGAGAUGACUAUGACUGAGAUGGAACAAAUAGAGCAAGACCCAGAUUACAUAAUGUUGUCUCGCCAAUUCAAAGCAACAGCAACGGAGCUUAUUUCUGUUCUGGAGCUGAAACAAAAAACCGGUGGAAGAACCAAAGUCCUUUUGGACAACGUUCCUGUUCACAAGUUAGCUGAUAUAUUUGUUGCAAGUUUUGAGAUAAGUUUUGAAGAACAACUAUCUAUGUUGGAUUCAGUUGGCCCUAAAUUAAGGCUUUCAAAAGCAACUGAGUUAGUUGAUAGGCAUUUACAGUCAAUACGUGUAGCUGAGAAAAUUACACAGAAGGUUGAAGGUCAAUUGUCAAAAUCUCAAAAAGAGUUUCUUCUGCGUCAGCAGAUGAGGGCUAUAAAAGAAGAACUUGGUGACAACGAGGAUGAUGAGGAUGACUUGGUUGCGCUUGAAAGAAAGAUGCAGAGUGCAGGAAUGCCACCAAAUGUAUGGAAACUUGCACACAGAGAGUUGAGGAGGCUUAAAAAAAUGCAGCCUCAGCAACCUGGGUACAACAGUUCGCGGGUUUACCUAGAUCUUCUUGCUGAUCUGCCCUGGCAGAAGGCCAGUGAAGAGAAUGAACUAGACUUAAGAGCUGCACAAAAGCGACUGGACAGUGAUCACUAUGGUUUAGUGAAGGUCAAGCAACGGAUUAUUGAAUACCUCGCAGUUCGCAAGCUUAAACCAGAUGCAAGGGGUCCAGUAUUGUGCUUUGUUGGACCACCAGGUGUUGGGAAAACAUCACUGGCAUCUUCUAUUGCUGCUGCUUUGGGCAGAAAGUUUAUUCGCAUAUCCCUUGGUGGAGUCAAGGAUGAGGCUGAUAUUAGAGGACAUAGGAGAACAUACAUUGGAAGCAUGCCUGGGCGGCUUAUAGAUGGAUUAAAGAGAGUAGCUGUUUGCAAUCCUGUUAUGUUGCUUGAUGAAGUUGACAAGACAGGUUCUGAUGUUCGUGGAGAUCCAGCUUCAGCAUUGCUAGAAGUUCUUGAUCCAGAACAAAAUAAAACAUUUAAUGAUCACUAUUUGAAUGUUCCAUUUGAUCUGUCCAAGGUAAUUUUUGUGGCUACAGCAAAUAGGAUGCAGCCUAUUCCUCCACCACUACUGGAUAGGAUGGAAGUGAUUGAACUUCCUGGAUAUACACCUGAGGAAAAGCUCCAAAUAGCCAUGCGGCAUUUGAUUCCAAGAGUUUUGGACCAACAUGGGUUGAGUUCUGAGUUUAUUCAGAUUCCAGAGGCAAUGGUGAAACUUGUCAUUCAGAGGUAUACCAGGGAAGCUGGUGUGAGGAAUUUGGAGAGGAAUCUUGCUGCACUGGCUCGUGCUGCUGCAGUAAGGGUUGUAGAGCAAGAACAGGUGGUUCCAUUAAACAAAGGGAUACAAGGACUUUCUACCCCACUUCUGGAAAGUAGACUCGCUGAUGGAACUGAAGUUGAAAUGGAUGUGAUACCAAUGAGUGUAAAUAGUCGGGACAUCUCAAACACAUUCAGGAUUCCCUCUCCGUUAGUUGUUGAUGAAACCAUGCUUGAAAAAGUUCUCGGGCCUCCAAGAUUUGAUGAUAGAGAAGCUGCAGAACGCGUGGCUGCCCCUGGGGUCUCUGUUGGGCUGGUUUGGACUGCUUUUGGUGGAGAGGUUCAGUUUGUGGAGGCUUCAGCAAUGGUAGGGAAGGGUGAACUGCAUCUCACUGGACAACUUGGUGAUGUAAUCAAAGAAUCAGCUCAGAUUGCACUAACAUGGGUAAGAGCAAGGGCAGCUGAUUUUAGGCUUGCUGUUGAAGAGGGAUUUAAUCUUUUGGAGGGCCGUGAUGUACAUAUUCAUUUUCCUGCGGGUGCUGUUCCUAAAGAUGGCCCCUCGGCAGGUGUGACUUUAGUCACGUCAUUGGUAUCCCUUUUCACUCAGAAAAGCGUGAGGUCAGAUACAGCUAUGACUGGAGAGAUGACUUUGAGAGGAUUAGUUCUACCUGUUGGAGGUGUCAAGGACAAGAUAUUAGCUGCCCAUCGUUAUGGUAUCAAGAGAGUUAUCUUGCCUGAAAGGAACCUCAAAGACUUGGUUGAAAUACCAUCAACAGUACUGGCCAAUUUGGAGAUACUGCCAGCAAAACGAAUGGAAGAUGUGUUAGAGCAUGCUUUUGAUGGAGGGUGCCCAUGGAGACAACACUCUAAGUUAUAGCAGUAUUCUUGACUUACAACAUGUAUUAGUAUACCUCUUGGGUUUCAGCCAUUAAUGGUUUGUAUAUCAUCUAUUCAAAGUCGUGAACUCUGAAUGUCGUGAUACUGCGGACCAAGUAUAUUCAACUGGACGUUCCUAAUCGAAUAAAUUCCAAGAAAUCGACAAUCUGGAUGGAGCUUACAUGUCCAUGUAUAUUCUUAGGACCCACUUUCCACAAUUGAAGUUGUUCUUGCAAAAGGGGAAAAACUGCAUGUCAUGCUCUUCAUUUAACAUCAUCUUCCCAGGCUCACUGUUGUAAAUUGUAUCUGUCUGCCCUAUAUCCUCUUUUUCUUCUUAAAUAGAUUGUGCAUAAAAUAAUAAAGCAUUGUUUCCUGACUUUCUCUAAAGUGGGGGAUGGCUCUCUCUUGAAUGUGGUUUUUGUUAUUUCUUUUACCCCUCCCCUCUGUUAGCCCCUCGGUUGGUAUUUUUGGAAUACAUGUUAUGAAAGUGGGUAUUUAUUUAUGUAAAAUAUAUUUAAAUAAAAAUAAAAGUUUUAAAAAGCUAUUAUACUUGGACACCUCUAA